AUGAAGUCAUCCAUCUUCCUUGCCAUUGCUCUUUCUACUCUUGUGGCUGCGCGUCCGCCUCUCCGAAUGCGUGCUAGUAGUUUCCAGCUUCAGAAUGGACAGCAGGCUAUCCAGCAGAAUGAGCAGUUCAAGUCACUUACAGCGGACUCCACCUGCACAUCUGGUGAUGCAUGUGUCAACAACUCAUUUGCCCAAUGUGUUGGCGGGAAUAUGUUCUCCAACCGUGUAACUCCGGGCUGGUGUGACUGUGCCGCACUCCCUCUGGUGAACUCUGCCGGAACGAGUAUUGCCUGUACCACCGAAUCCGAUGUGCAAGCACGGAUCGCGGCAACGGGCGCCUCUGGAACUGGCACGUCCACAGGCUCUUCCUCGUCAGCUUCUCCCAGUAGCAGUACCGCCGCUGGUGGCUCCAGCUCCGGCACUAGCUCUGGGCAAGGAGCGGGCAACAGCUCUGAUGCCCAGUCCUCGACGACUCUCCUAUCCUCUGUGAUCGCUACUGGCUUUGAACAGAACGGCCAGGGCUUGAACACCUCCGAGUCCGGGGAAGUCGCUUCUCUCACCUCCAAGAACAACUUCGUCAACUUCUGUGCCACCGUCAACCUCCCCAUCACCAACGGGAAGCAGAUCAAGAGCGGUUCAUGCAAUCCUGCCCCGAUGGGCACCAUACCCUCUACGAGCAAUAUGCCCAGUGCCAAGUUUGUCAGCCCCGCGAACCUCGCCACCGUAUCCGCAAACAAGACGUUCCAGGUCGUUCUCGCGAUGAAGAACCUUGACACGGGAUUCUUCACCAACGCGGCCAGCAACUACUUCGCCGCUCCCCAGCAGCUCAACUCGCAGGGCCAAAUCCAGGGGCACUCGCAUAUCGUUAUUGAGGCUCUCGACUCUUUGAACCAGACCACGCCCACCGAUCCGACCAAGUUUGCGUUCUUCCAGGGCAUCAACUCUAAGGCCGAUUCGAAGGGCCAGCUGUUCGCCAAUGUCACCGGUGGUCUUCCGGAGGGGUUCUACAAGAUGUCGACCAUCAACAGCGCGAGUAACCACCAGCCUGUCCUUGUGGCUGUUGCCCAGCAUGGUUCCCUGGACGAUGUGGUCUACGUGAGUUUGCUUUGCGACCUAGAAAUAUCUCUUUACUGA